AUGAAUAUUGCUCGUACAACACUUAGUUUAAAAAUUUUUCAAGAAAAAAAAGAUCAUUUUUCGAAAUUAUGUGUUGAUCCUGUAUUAAAAUUACAUGAUAAAACUGAUUUACAAGAUAUUCAAACACCAAAAGAUUUAGGAAGUAAUCUUAAUGAUUCACAUCUUGAAGAAGGUUUUCUAUCAGAAAAACGUAUUCGUAUUAAUAUAUCAAAACGUAUUGAAAAUGCUUCUAUUUAA